AUGACGGCUGGCCUCUGGUUCCGUGUGCUCCGCCAGGUGUUCAACGAUCCCAUCCACGGCACGGUGCCGCUCCACCCGCUGCUCGUCAAGAUCAUCGACACGCCUCAGUUCCAGAGGCUGAGACACCUGAAGCAGCUCGGCGGCUGCUACUUCGUCUACCCCGGAGCGUCGCACAACCGCUUUGAGCACUCCAUCGGGGUGGCGCACUUGGCCGGAAAGCUCGUCGAGGCUCUGAGGAGCUCGAGGUCGGACCUCAAAAUCACUGACAGAGACGUCCUGUGUGUGCAGAUUGCUGGUCUGUGCCACGACCUGGGACACGGACCCUUCUCCCAUUUGUUUGAAACAUUCAUCAAAAAAGAACGUCCAGAAAAAGGUUGGAAGCAUGAGGAGGCCUCUCUCCUUAUGUUCGACUACAUGGUGGAACACAAUCACCUGGAGAAGAUGAUGACCAAUCGCCUGGAGCUGCCCGAUGAUCACCUGGAGCUGCCCAUUGAUCUGAUGUUCAUCAAAGAGAUGAUUGAAGGAUGGAUCCCUACAGAUGAACAACCUCUGCCUAAAGGUCGUCCAGACCAGCCCUUCUUCUACGAUAUCGUGAACAACAAGAGAAACGGCAUCGAUGUGGACAAGUUUGACUACCUGGCCAGGGAUGCUCACCACUUGGGCAUCAAGUCCAGCUUUGAUCAUCUCCGCUUCAUUCACUUUGCCCGUGUUUGUGAAGUGGAUGGACGACAGCAGAUCUGCACCAGACACGAGGAGGUGGAAAACCUGUACGACCUGUUCCACUUGAGAUACCUUCUCCACAGCAGAGCCUACCAGCACAAAGUGAGCAACAUCAUCGAGGCCAUGAUCACGGAGGCCUUUUCAAAAGCAGACAAGCACAUCAAGAUCGAAGGCUCGAUCAAAGGCUCGGUGGUGGAGCUGUUGACGCUCUCCACAGCCAUAGAUGACAUGGAGGCCUACACCAAGCUCACAGAUGAUGUUUUUGGACGAAUCCUCCACUCUUCCAACAAAAAGCUGUCCGAGGCUAAGAAGAUUCUCGAGAAGAUCGUCACCCGACAGCACUACAGGUUCCUGGGUGAAGUAAAGCCCACCGAGGUCAUGAAGAAUGACUUUAAUUCAAAAGGUGAAAAGGCCAUGGAAGCUGAAUGGAUAAAGGAAUUGGCUAAAGCCUGUCAGGGUGACGGACUGACAAAAGACGACUUUGUAGUUCACGUCGUUAAAAUGAAUUAUGGGAAGGGAGGCGACGACCCCAUCAAGAAGAUGAGGUUCUACUCAAAGAGCGACCAAAAAACCGGAGUAGAACUCCCCGAGGACAAGACAUCCAUGUACAUGCCAAGAUGCUUCUCUGAGGAGCGGAUCAGGGUUUACUGUAAGAAGAUUGAUAUUGAUGCAACCAGUCUGACUAACGCCCAGAGGUGCAUGGACGCCUGGUGCAAACCCAAAGAACAGCCACGCCCUGAGCCCGUGGAACAGGCGCCGGCCGACCAGCCAACCAGCCGACCAGCCGACCAGCCGGCCUCGGAGGAGAACAUCAAGACGAUGAAUGAAGCCGUUUGGGAAAAUAAAGAGUAAAACUCACAAAAACAUGGAAGCCGACGCUCCCUGAGCCUCAGGCUGGUUGAUCAUAUGAUGAAGACGGAGGUGGGUUAGGGUUAGAGAGCACCGCAGAGAACAAAUCUAGACACAUUUCUCUCCACAAACAAAUGAUUUUAGACUAAUGAGGAUCACUAUUGAAUAUUAUACACAAACCUUUGUUUUGGUUUCAUCAUAUUUGACUUUAUUUAGACUCCCUUCUCCAUCUGCAGCUGAUUAUGAGUCUUGUUAACAAAUCAAUCAUCAUUCAGCCACAGUGAACUCUGACAUUCUUUGAAAUGUGUGGUUUAGGUUUUAAAUAUUUAGGUGUUUGGUUUUGAGUAAUCGUGUGACUUGAUGUUUUAAUCUGAUGAGAUAUUAUGAGACUUGGAGUGAUGUUUGAUUUGAGGUUCUUUUGUGAACCUACUUAUUAUUCUGCAUAUUUACCUACUAACUUUAUUGUGAAUUUUAAAUGUCUCUUUUUUUGCUGCCAAUGAUUUAAACUAAUCUUUUGAAACGUAUUUAAUCUCUCAAUAUGAAAUAGGAGUUAUGAUUAAUAUUUCUAUUAUGAUUAUACUAUACAUCACUGUUUCUCACUCAACUGGCCUUCUUUAAUGUAAUCACGUGUCUACUUUGGGUAUUGUUGUGUUUUGCUCUUCGUGUGAAAAUAUAUUGUAGUUAUUAUUAAUAUUAAUAUUAUGUAAUGGGCUGUAAAGGGAAAAUCUACCAAAGGACAUUAGAACCUUUCUGCUGUGUUUCUAUUCAAAUGGGUUGAAAACAGAUUGUCUGCUCUAUUUGAAAUAAAACUUUGUUUCUCUUU